AUGUCUUCCAAAUGGAUGUGUAUAUUAGCCUUGGGCGUUUUGAUUUUUUACUGUCAUCCGGUUAAAGGUAAUAUUUAUUCUUAAUCACCUUAUUCCUUGUUUCCUACAUAAAGUAGGUAAACUUAUUUUGUACAAUGAUUAUUAUUUUAUUAACAGGUUUGUUAUGUUUUUGUGACAUAUGCUCUGAUACUAACUUUACCUGUAGUACCGAUGGAUAUUGUUUUACGAGUUUAUCACUCAGUAAAGAUACUGGAGUAAUUCGCCAUUCUUCUCGGUAAGAUUAAUUUUGAUUUGUAGUAUGCAUAUAAAUUAGUUAUGAUUUAAUGAUUAAUUGUCUAUGAAUAUUAGGUUUAGUUAUUCAUUAUUAUCAUUGUGGUCAAUUCAUAAUGAUUUGUGUAAUACAUAUUUUAGUUUAUGUUAUGAACAAAUGUAUCAUAUUUAAUAUAAACCAUAUAAAUACCAAUUAAUAUAGGUACUCAACUAUUAUAUUACUUCCAUAUUCUACUUUCCAAUACCUAGUUUUGCAUGUAUAUGAUUUAAUUAUAUGAAAAAAUACUAUAAAACAAUUACAGAAUAUACCUAAUAUACAAAUAUUAAAAAUAUAUUUUAUUCUAUGACUUGUAUAGAUGGGAAGGCAUAUAGUAGAUUCAUCAUUAUUGGUAUAAGAAAAAUAGAAUAACUAGAAUUGAUAUAUUUUAAUGAAUUAUACAAUUAUGUGCUUAAUAGAUUUAUAUACUUAAAAGUUUAUUAUGAUUGUAUGCAAUUGUUUUGGAUCUAAGUUAUUAGAUCUAAUGAAUAAUUUUCUAUAGUAUCUUUAAUUAAAUAUGAAAACCGUUUUAUUCUUAUAUGUGAUAAGUAACAGAUUGCUAGUAACAUAUUAUGUUACUUUAGCAAUUAUGUCUGUCUAUAAAUUGCAACAUCAUUUUCUGGAUUGUUUGAAGUAUUUUCAUAAUAAUGAACUGUUAGAAUUGAUCUGUGUAUUUAUGAUUGAAAAAGUGUAUUAUCAUAUGUUAUUGUUUAGUCAUUUAAAUAAUUGCUCUUUUAUGAACCUAUUAUUGUCUUUUUAAGUUAUUCUUAAUUAAUAUAUUAAUAUACUAAAUAUUGAACUUAUUUUUUGUGUUGGAUAAUUGUACCUUUGUAUGUGAUAGUCUUGAGAGUUAAGCACAAAAGUAUGAUUUAUAGAUUUGGCAUUAUUAAUUUAAAUUGUAUAAUAUUUUUAUUUGGUUGAUUCUAGUGAACUAGAAUAUUAACACUGUUUUCUAAAAUGUAAAAUCCUAUUUUAUUUAAAAUUUUUGUUUUUUCUGUAGCAAGUAUUUUAUGUGAAUUUGUAAAGAUAUUUUACCUAUCUAAAUGAAUUAAUUAACAUAAACUAUAUUUUAUUCAGUUAUCAUAUACCUAAAUAAUUUGCUCACAUUUGAUAUUAGAUUUUGUUGAAUAACAUCUUUAAAUAUAAUAUCUUCUAUUUCACAGUUUCUUAUUUUUUUUCUUAAACCAUUUUCUUUUAAUUUAAUAUUUGCAUAUACCUACUUAUAAUUUGAAUAUAUGAGAAUUUAUUGACAGUGAUGUAAAGAUUUUGCAUAAAUUAAUGUUUUUUUUUUUUUAUUAUUAUCAUUAUAUAUUAUUGACACAAACAACUGUUGUAGUAUAUUUAGGAUUUGAAGUAUGUAACAUUUUUAGUUAGAACUGCUUUUAUAAUGAUUUUCAAAUAAUGUUGAAAAUAAAAAGUGAAAUAAAAUCUUACUAUAAAAGAAUGACAGCAGUUUAUUUGAUAACUACCACAAUUUAUAUUAUUACCAGACAUAGAAACAUUAAUUUGUUUUAUUUAUAUGAAAUCUACAAUCUGUACCACUUGGGCACUAUAAGUAAAUAUGAUACAAGUUUAAUUACAUACAAAUUAUUAAAAAUAUGUUACUGCACCUAAUAAAAUUUACAUAAUACAUGACAUUUUUGAGGAAAGCAGCCACCCAUUAGUAAUACUUUCACAAGGAACAUUAAUUUAAUUUAAAAUAUAAACUUGUAUAAAAUAAUUUAUCAACUUAUUCAAUAAAUAAUAACUUAUUUAAAUAAAUGAUUUUUUUAAACUAUAGGCCAAUCUUUAUAAUUCCGAAUUUAGCUAAGCUCUUUGAGUUUCUAGUAUACUCUAAUAUUAAAGAAGUCUACGAUCAUUAGUAGUGUUGUUUUUACUACUUAUUUGCUUGACAAUAUUGAAAAGAGUGGUUAAGUAUAUGCUUUUAAAAAAAAAAAAUUUGAAUUUAGCCAAGUGUUAUAUUAUGACCUAUUCUAGGCAUCAUUACCCAAAAUUCCACUUCUACCAUAUUAAAGGCUCCACUCUUGAAUGUGUUUUUAUUAUUAAAGAUCUCGUUAUACAUUUCACUUUUUUAUUAAAUUUUAACCACUACAUUAAUGCCACUAUCUGCAAAGCACUUAAAGUCCAUGACUUUAUAAAGUGUAAUACAAAAAUUUUAAGCUCUACCAGUUAUCUCUCUAUACUUUACUUUUCCUUUGUGCACUUGAUUUUAGAAUUUGGUGUAAUAGUUUGUUACUCUGCCUAGCAAAAGACCAGUUAAGAUUAGAAAAAGUCUGGAAUAAGUUUCUCUCAUAUAUUCCUUUUUUUCUCAAAAUUGACCAUUCCCAACAUGAUUACUCAACUGUACUACGAAUACUAAAUUUCCUAUCUUUCUCUUCUUGUCAUCUCUAUGCUGAUUCUUGUUUCGUUCAAUAUUUACUUAAUGGAUUUACGAAUGCUUCUGAUCUCCUUUCCUAUACCAAUUUCCAAGUCCUGAUCUACCCUUCAAGACAACAUACACUAUUUCAUAUCCCUACUAUCUCUUAUGGUCACAAUGAAUGCUAUGUUCUCUUAAUAAUAAAUAAUUGUUUGUUUCAUAUGCAUGAUAUAAUAAUUAAAAUGAGGGUUUAAAUUAAACGCUCUAAAAAACAAGAAAAAUGUCUUUAAAAUACAAUUUAAUGCACUUAUAAAAAAAUAUUAGAAAGUCCUCUAAAAGUUAUUUUAAACUUUGAUAAAAAAAAAAAAAAAAAACGUUUUUAUUAAGUAUACAGUAGAAUCUCGAUUAUCCAGGGUAAUGGUGGGCAGGUGGUCACACUAAUAAAUGAAAACCACAGUUAAUCAAACCUUUUUAUAAUAAUGAAUAAUAUAUACAUAUAUUGUUUAUCUUCAAUAACUAUAAUAUACCUGCAAUAAAAUAAAUAGAUAUACAUGGUCAUAUUGUUAUCAUCAAAAAUGGCAUUAAUAUGUUUGUCGAUAUCGUAUAUUAUGUGAUAUUAAAUGUUCGAUUAUAAUUAUUUAUAAUAUUAUGUACAGUCUAUACUUAUUUUACAUUUUCGGAAGAGUGAGUAUAGUUAAUCGUGAGCACAGGUAAUCAAAGUUCCACUGUAUACAUUUUUAUUGAUAAAUUAAUAUUCUUCUUCUUUUAUCUUUUUACCGUGGAAAUUAUUUCCAAAAAAUCAAUAUACAAUUUAAAUAGGUAGAUUAUAUUUGUAUGUUGUAUUUAAUAUUUUAGAUUCUAAGCAAAGUGAGAAAUGUAUUGAUUAGUAAACAACUACCAGAAAUUUUGUCUAUUCAGUUCUUUAGAAAGGUCUUUUUUGGUUUUCUAAAUUUUAUAAUAAUUAGGAAAAUGGGAAAAUUUAUAAAAUUCAUUGUUUUUAAUUUUGUUUUUUGUUUUGAUUCAGUUAAACUGAAGACUUAUAUUUGCCUUUUAUAGAUGUCGUUAAAUUUUAGCCAUAAGUUUUUUAUAUAAUUUUUAUUCGGUAGAUACUCUGUGGAUAUAAUUGUUAGACCAAACAGAAAUGCAUGAGUUGAGUUUAAUGUAGAUUUUUUUUUUUAAUAGAAUUUUAUUAUCAAAUUUUGUUGAAAAUUGUAAAUAUUACAGCCUUUUAAAACAUGUAUAACUGAAUUCCGCUUAGAAUCGACUUUUGUUUGCAAUGAUUAAUUGUUUUUACAGAUAUACAUUAAAUUUCUGUCUGUGUCCUACCUUCCCCACUUUCUACCUACAGCAGUGGAUGACCUACGUGCAAAUUAUGUCCGCCUUCUUUUAUUUUAGGUUAAUUAAACAAUUUUUGUUUUAAAAAUGAAAUUAUACCUUUUAUUAUACUGGUUUAAUAUUAUAAUUGAAAUAUUUUAGAAAUUGAUUAUCUGUUAUAAAGAACAUUGUUACCCUCAGGCAAUUUGGGAGUUUUCUCAAUAGAUUUGAUUGCUUGUCUAUUCCAUACACCACAUUUAUAUAUACAAAUUAAGUAUUGUAAACAGUUCAGUUUAUUAAAUGCCACAGACAAUAAUAAUGCAUUAUAAAUUUAUAAAUUUAGUUACAAUAUGAUAUCUAUGUAAGAUGUGAAAAUAGUUGUAUUUUCAUGGUUAUUUGAAUUGGGGACGCAAAUUUUAGAUUUGGAACAUGGCGAAGGAUCUAUUGGUUUAACACUAUGAUGUGUUUUUUUUCUGUCUGUUAGCAACUUUUCAAAAGAAAUCUCCCUCAAGUGUAGCACAUUUUUUGAAUGGAAAUUUCCUUUGUUUGGUUCUAUUCGGAGGUUAUUUUUUGAUUUUUCAAGGGCUAUUCGAAAUAAUUGGAAAAAGCCCAAAAGAAAAUUUUCAGUAAAACUGCAAAUAUUUAUGAUACUACCCGGCAUUACCAUUUUCUUUGUUUUUAAUUUGCUAACACAAUAUUUUCUAUCAGAAAUAUUGCUCCAUUUGAAAAAUUAUCAUAUAUUUUAUUUGUUGAAUUUUUAAUUUAGUUUGUGAAAAAGUAAUUCAUUUUUGAUUUUCUUUGUAUUUGUAAUAAUUAAUAAAAACCGGAAAAUGGCGAAAAAUAAAAAUUGAUAAAUUUACUGCGCUAUAUUCUUUUAUUUAAAACGUUAACUGUUUAUAUUUUGUAACAGAAAUAUCGCUCUAAUAAAAAAAAAUAACAAUUGAUUUUAUUUGUGGGUUUUUUUUAAUAAUUGAGUAAAACCGAAAAAUACAUAGGAAGUGCUGUAAAAUUUACAAAAAUUUUUAUUUUAAAUUAUGUUUUUAAUGUAAUUCAGUUAAAAAUAUUUGUAGAGACCUAAAAUGUACACAAAAAACUUAUAUUUACUUUUUCUAGACGUGAUAAAACUUUCAGAAUAUUUGAGCCAUUUAUAGGUAUUUUAAUUUUACAUAAUUUUUAUUUAGUAGGUGCUUUAUGGAUAAAAUUUUUAGACCAAACAAUAAUGCUUGAAAAUAUGACAAGAGGUUAGGUUACUGUGUGAGUCAUACUGAGUGGUUAAAAAAAUAAUUGAGCAUAAUAUAAAUUUUUUUUUUUAUGAGAGUUAAAAUCAAACUGAUAAAAAUCGUAAAUAUUAUGGCCUUUCUAAAUAUUUAUAGUAUAACCUAUCUUCGCUCCGAAUCAUUUUUCGUUAACAAUGAUUUAUUGUUGAUUACAGGUAUAAAUUAAGUACCUAACUUAAUGUAUCCCACCUUACCAAUUACUUAUAACAGUAGUUGUACCCAUCUCUAGUAUCGGCUCUUUUUUUUAGAUUCUGAGCUUAGCAAAAAAUAUAUUGGAUUUACAAUGAUGUUAAUUUUUUUUCUGUGGACAACUUUUCUACCAACAUUUUGGUCCGAUUUUCAAGCAUAGCACUUUUUCUGAAAGGAAAUCUAACCAUGGUAUUACUUUAGGGAGAUCAUUUCUUAAUUUUUCUAAUUGUUGUCAUAAUAAAUGAGAAAAAUUUAGGGAAAACGAAAAAAUUUACAUAAAUGUAUUAUCAAACUCCGCUCAGAAUCAUUUUUCAUUACUAAAGAUUAAUUGUUGUGCACAAAUAUACAUUAAAUUUCCCUUUAUAUCCUACUUUCUCAACUAAUCUAUAAUAUUAGCCCACUCAUCAUGUGAAGUAUGUCCAUAUCUUUAAUAUUAUCUUUCUGACAUAGUUUUACCUAUAUCAUUUUUAAAAGAUUGUGUUUGAGAAUUUUUAUGAGGUGCGCAUAACUAUUAUAAUUACAUGUAAAUAAAGUUCACCUAAAAAAGUCCAAAUCAUUAUAAAACAAUAGGUUUUUGGCAUGUGACUUACCUAUUUGAGUAUAGUAUUGUGACCUACCUUUUUAUUAAUCGUGUUAUAUGUAAUUUACUUGGUUUAUUUGCCUUAUUUCCCAAGUAUUAGUUAUUAUCCAAUUAGUAUUCUUACUAUAUAUUAUAACUUAUCGACACACACAAUUUGAUUUGUUAAUUUAUUGCAUCCAAUACUUGUGGUAGGUCAAGUGCAAUACUAAUUUAAAAUUCAGUUAUCCUUCUUUAAAAAAAUGUCAAAUAUUUUUGACCUUAUAUUGUAAAAAUAUGUUGACUUUUAUUUUAUUUUUAGUAGGACAAUCUAACUAUCAAACUAAUUUUUAAUACACAUUUUAUAAUAAUCAUGUAUAUAUUAUUAAUAUAUUUAUAAUUAGGAAUACUUUAAAUAAUUUGUAUUGGGAAUUGGGUUUAAGUUGUUUGCACAAGUUCCAGUUUUUUCCACCAGAAAAGCCAAAUAAUUGUUUUCAAAGAAAAUUUUUGGAUGAAUCCUCAAUGUCAUGUUGCCAAGAUCGAGAUUAUUGCAAUCGUUGGUUAUACCCAAAACUUGUUGAAGUUAAACCUACAGGUCUAUUUAUGAUUUUAUGUGUGCCCUUUUAACUGUUGUGGAGUUUCUUGAUUUUCCCAACUAAUUAUAUUAAUAUUUUAGGUAGAAAUUUAUUUUCAAAUUAAUAUUUUAUAUGUGUGUAUGUAUGUAUAUCUAUAAAAUGAAUAAUUUAAGAUGGUUGUUCCAAAAUUUUGCUGAAAUUUAAACUAAUACUAGUAGGCUAACAUUCAAGCUCAAUUGGUUUUAUUAACAUGUUUGAAAUUUGAUAACUGUGCUCGUUUUAGGUGUUUGGAGAAUAACAUUGUGAUCCCACGAGAAAAACCUUUGGUAUGUCAUUACGCUAACAAAUAUAAUGAUUCUUUUGUAACCAUGUGUUGUAAAAAUUAUGACUUAUGUAACAAAGAUCUUAAACCAACACUACAUAUUAAGCUUCCAGGUAGAGUUUGAUACUUUAUUUUCUAACAAUUGCAUGGUUAUUUUAUUGAGGAUUUUAAAUUCAUAGAUUUGUGUUUUUUAAAUUUAUGUACAAUAAAAAUAUUCAACUAGUUGCUAAUAAAAUGUUUCACCAUGAAAAUCUAUAUUUUAUCUUAUUUCUUUAAUACUUAAUACUUAAGUUAUACAGGAAUUGUUUGUAGUAUAUAUAUAUAUAUAUAUAUAUAUAUUAUUUUGCAUAAUUAUAAAACACUUAUCUAUAAAUUAGAAUCCUUUGUAUUCUUUGUAGAAAUUUAUAAUUUGUGCUUAAUAAAUAUUCAUGAAAAUAUAGAUGGUGCUGAAAAAAUUCAUAAAAAAGAGAGAUUGGGUAAAUGGGAAUUGGUUGUUAUAAUAGCUGGUCCAAUAGGUGUAGUUUGCAUAGUAGUCAUGCUUAUUAUGAAUUUUUGGGCUGGAUCUAUCAAACGUCAUAAUAUUCGAUAUUUGCCUACUCCCCGCAAUAUGGCUGCUGACCAACAACCUAUUUUAACAGCAGCUGUUUCUUUGAGAGAUAUGAUUGAAAUGACCACUAGUGGAUCAGGAUCAGGUUUGUAGUGUUAAUUUAUUAUUUUAUGUUGUUUUUGUUUUUUCUAAUUGUUAUAUUCUGUUCAAAAUUUUAGGUUUACCACUUUUGGUUCAAAGAAGUAUUGCACGUCAAAUUCAACUUGGAGUACCUAUCGGUAAAGGACGUUUUGGUGAAGUAUGGCAAGGAAAAUGGCGCGGUGAGCAAGUUGCUGUCAAAAUAUUUUCUUCCAGAGAGGAACGUUCAUGGUUUAGAGAAGCGGAGAUAUAUCAGACAGUAAUGCUUAGACAUGAUAAUAUUUUAGGAUUUAUUGCUGCUGAUAAUAAAGGUGAAAUAUUUAAAAAAAAAUUUUAUAAGAAAAAACAUUUAUAAUAUUUAUAAUUUUAGAUAACGGUACAUGGACACAAUUAUGGUUAAUUACUGAUUAUCAUGAAAAUGGAUCAUUAUUUGAUUUUUUGAAUCGAUGUACAGUAGAUACAAAUGGAAUGAUUCGCAUUGCUCUCUCAAUAGCAACUGGUCUUGCUCAUUUACAUAUGGAAAUUGUUGGAACUCAAGGUAAUGAUAAAUUAUUAAUAAGGUACCCAUCUAACUUUUAAAAUAAUUUUGUACUACAUAUAUGAUGUUUUAGGUAAACCAGCCAUUGCACACCGUGAUCUCAAAUCAAAAAAUAUUUUAGUGAAAUCCAAUGGAACUUGUGCUAUUGGUGAUUUAGGACUUGCUGUACGAUAUGAUACAUCCAUGGACACAGUCGAUAUACCAUUAAACCAUAGGGUGGGCACUAAACGAUAUAUGGCUCCAGAGGUUAAAUUAUUGUAGUAAAACUAAACAACUAAAUUUUAUAAACAAAAUAAAAUAUAUCAUUUUUUUAUUUAGGUUUUAGAAGAAACCAUUAACAUGAACCAUUUUGAUUCCUUUAAAAGAGGUGAUGUUUAUGCUUUGGGUUUAAUCCUUUGGGAAGUAACAAGGAGAUGCAAUGUUGGAAAUAUACAUGAAGAAUAUCAAUUACCAUACUAUGAUAGUGUACCAUCUGAUCCUACUAUUGAUGAAAUGCGUAAAGUUGUUUGCUUAGAAAUGAAACGACCCUCAAUACCUCAAAGAUGGAAUGCUUACCCAGUAAUAUAAAUAACUUAUUUUUUGUUUAUUUAUCUUUCUAAAUUAUUUUAUAUCUUCUAGUUUUUGCCAAACAUGAGCAAAUUAAUGCAAGAAUGUUGGUAUCAUACAGCAUCUGCCCGACUAACAGCAUUACGCAUUAAAAAAACUUUGGGUGCCAUGCAAAAUCAUAAUAUUAAUAUUAAUAUUUAA